CGUCUAGUUUCCAGUAAACAAACCCACCCUCAACUGCCACCACACCACCACCGUAACCACCACCACAUUCACCGUUAAAUUCCACAGUAUUUCAACCAAUGCCUCUUUCCAAACGAGUCUCCUUACCACCACAACCACCACCACCACAAGAUCUCAAACACCGAGUAACCACCUGCCUGAACAAACUCUCCGACCGUGACACCGUCGCCGUAGCUUCAUCGGAGCUCGAAUCCAUCGCUCUCACUCUCAACCACACCUCCUUCGCUCCAUUCCUCACCUACCUCACCAACACAUCAUCCUCCGACAAAUCUCCGGUACGCCGGCAAUGCAUCCGCAUCCUAGGGUUUCUCUCCACAACACACGGCGACGCUCUCUCACCUCACGUGUAUAAAAUGAUCUCCGCCGUCGUCCGCCGGUUACGCGACCCUGACUCCGCCGUACGCUCCGCCUGCGUCGGUGCCGUGACGUCAAUCGCGUCGGAGAUUACGUCAUUAUCGUUUUCUAACCUAUCGAAGCCGUUAGUUGAAGCGGUUUUGACGGAGCAGGAUCAGAACUCGCAGAUCGGCUCGGCGUUGUGUUUAUCGGCGGCGAUUGAAGCCGCGCCGGAUCCUGAGCCGGAUAAAUUGCAGAAGCUGUUGCCUAGGGUUUUGAAGUUGGUGAAAUCGGAUGGUUUUAAGGCGAAACCGGCUUUGUUGUGUGUUAUUGGGAGUAUUGCUGGUGCUGGUGGGACCGGUUUGAACCGGAAUUCGUUGAGUUUGUUGGUGAAUUGUUUGGUUGAGUUUUUGAGUAGUGGUGAUUGGGCGGCGAGGAAGGCGGCAGUUGAGGCGUUGGGGCGGUUGGCGGUAACGGAGAAGGAGAAUUUAACGGCGUUUAGGUCUUCGUGUCUUGCUUCUUUAGAGAAUAGGAGAUUUGAUAAGGUGAAGAUAGUUCGUGAAUCGAUGAAUCAGACACUAGAGUUGUGGAAGGAGAUUCCGGGUCAUCUGGAUGAGGUUCUAGCUUCACCUCAAUUGAAUGGCAGCUCAUCUACUAAAGUUACGGUUUUGGAAACUUCACCAGAGGAAACACUUCCCGUUAGCAAGCAUUCUCCGAUUCAACGUUCAUCUCCAACUACAACACAAAGUAGAAGCCCUCCGAAGAGUAAUUACAGGAAACAUAGUGCUUCAGUUGCUAGAAAGACGGAUCUUGAUCAAGAAACUGAUAUAAAAGUCAAUAUUUCGGUACCCAUAGCUGCAUCUGAUACAGUGGAUACCGAUAAAAGCAUCAUCUUAGAAACGGAAAAAAGACUACCUUCUAAUAAAUCAAGAUUUGGUUCUCGUGUAGCUCCAUCUAUUGAUGACUGUGAAUUUGAUAUAGACGAGAAUCCAAUUGAAUAUGUUUAUGGCAAUCAGGAUGAGGUUGAGGAUCUAUCUCGGAUCCAAAAACAGCUUGUUCAGAUUGAAAACCAGCAGUCGAAUCUCAUGAAGCUUUUGCAGAAAUCUAUUGGAAGUUCACGUAGUGGAAUGAACUCUUUGGAGUCACGAGUAAAUGGUCUAGAGAAGGCAUUGGAUGAAAUGUCAUACGAUUUGGCCUUAUCAACCGGGAGAGUUUCAAGCACUGAUUCAUGUUGUACGGGUUCUGAAUUUUCAACUCCUAAUUGGUGGAGGACAGAAGGGUCGUUUCAUAAUCCAUGGUCGCCUUUCCGCAGUAGUCACCAAUCAUCGUCCGACAUGUGUUUAGAGGGAACUGCUCUAAACGCACCAGGAGCUGAGUUUGGGAAAAGUUUCGAGUCGUUAUUGAGUACUCGAAAGAAGAAAGCUGCACAAGGGCAUAACCGUAAUUUUGACAGAUUUGAUGGGGGCUCUUUAGCCAAUUACAUACAUUAGAAAAUAUUAAACCAGAUCUUAUCCGAAAGCUGAUGGAAGCUAAUUUUUCCGCUUACGAAGAAGGGUAAUGAGUAUCAGCAUUUGGCGGGAUCAGGUACGAAUGUACAAUAUACAUUUUGUGUUAUAUUAAAACACGCAUUGCCAUCUGAGAUAGAUUAUGUAUAGAGAGAAGGUGCCUUUUUCACCCAUAUACACAGCUUAUGUUCACAAAGUUUACAAGGUUAUAUUGUUUAUGCAUUAUAUAUUGUAUCUGUAGUCGCCGUUUUAUGUUAAAAAUUGGUUUUGUACUUAAGAUUUCUCUAUAUAUAACCGCGACAACUUCAUAUA